GCGGCGGGAGAGGGGGCGGGCCGGGCGCCGGGCCCCGCCGCCAUUGGCUGCCGCCCGUGAGGCGAUGUGGGACCAGCGGCGCGGCCCCGGCGCUGCCAGCGGCACCGGCGAUGGCGGCGGGAGCCCCGGCGGUUCGGCGGCGUGGCGGCCCUCGGCGCUCGGCGGCGGCCACGGAGCUGCCGGCCUGGCGACUGCGCUGCGAGGGGGGUCGGCAGCUCUGGCGCUACCUGGGCGAUGGCGACGGCGAUGUCGGGGAGCGGCGGGCGCAGACGGCGCUGGAGCAGCACAGCCUCGGGCUGGACACGGGCGCGACCCUGCAGACGCUGCCGGCGGCAGGCUCAGCCCGGGAGGCGGCCCGCAACGGGAUGCGGUUCUACGCAGCGCUGCAGGCCGAGGAUGGGCACUGGGCAGGCGACUACGGCGGGCCGCUGUUCCUGCUGCCAGGUCUCCUCAUCACCUGCCACACGGCCAAAAUCCAGCUGCCCGAGGGGUUCCGGAAGGAGAUGAUACGCUACCUGCGCUCUGUGCAGCUCCCGGACGGAGGCUGGGGCUUACAUGUGGAAGACAAAUCAACAGUGUUUGGCACAGCCCUCAACUACAUAGCCUUGAGGAUCCUGGGCCUUGGACCAGAUGACCCUGACAUUGUGAGGGCCCGUGUCAACCUGCACAGCAAAGGAGGUGCUGUGGGAAUCCCUUCCUGGGGCAAGUUUUGGCUGGCUGUCUUGAACGUUUACAGCUGGGAAGGAAUGAACACGCUUCUCCCAGAGAUGUGGCUGUUUCCCACGUGGUUUCCAGCCCAUCCGUCACGGCUGUGGUGCCACUGCCGCCAGGUUUACCUUCCCAUGAGCUACUGCUACGCUAAGCGUCUGUCAGCAGAGGAGGAUGAGCUGAUCCGGAGCUUGCGGCAGGAGCUGUAUGUGCAAGACUACGGCAGCAUAGACUGGCCAGCACAGAGGAACAACGUGGCUGCCUGUGAUGUGUACACCCCGCAUAGCUGGCUGCUGGGCGCUGCCUACGCCAUCAUGAACGUGUAUGAAGCUCACCACAGCACUCACCUGCGGCAGCGAGCCGUCACGGAGCUGUACGACCACAUCAAGGCUGAUGAUAGAUUCACCAAGUGCAUCAGCAUCGGGCCAAUCUCCAAGACAAUCAACAUGCUGGUUCGCUGGUUCGUGGAAGGGAAAGACUCCCCAGCUUUUCAGGAGCAUGUUUCCAGGAUCCCUGACUAUCUCUGGCUGGGCCUCGAUGGCAUGAAGAUGCAGGGCACAAAUGGAUCCCAGCUCUGGGAUACUGCUUUUGCUGUCCAAGCCUUCUUGGAGGCAGAAGCCCAGGAGAUGCCUGAAUUCACCUCCUGCCUCCAGAACGCCCAUGGAUUCCUCCAGUUCUCCCAGAUCCCAGAGAACCCCCCCGACUACCAGAAGUAUUACCGCCACAUGAACAAGGGUGGCUUCCCCUUCAGCACGCGGGACUGCGGCUGGAUCGUGGCAGACUGCACAGCGGAGGGGCUGAAGGCAGUUAUGCUGCUGCAGGAGAAGUGUCCCUUCAUAGCUGAGCCUGUGCCUGCUGAGCGCCUCUUUGAUGCUGUGAACGUGUUGCUGAGCAUGAGGAACCCGGAUGGAGGCUUUGCCACUUACGAAACCAAGCGAGGAGGCCACUUACUGGAGCUGCUGAACCCCUCGGAGGUGUUUGGUGACAUCAUGAUCGACUACACGUACGUGGAGUGCACAUCAGCUGUCAUGCAGGCACUGAGACACUUCCAGAGCCGGUUCCCUGAGCACCGAGCCAGGGAGAUCAGGGAGACUCUGCAGAAGGGCCUGGAUUUCUGUCGCAAGAAGCAGCGAGCAGAUGGGUCCUGGGAAGGGAGCUGGGGGGUUUGUUUCACCUAUGGCACCUGGUUUGGUCUGGAGGCGUUUGCCAGCAUGCAGCACACGUACCACGACGGGAGUGUCUGCCGAGAGGUGGCCCAGGCCUGCCAGUUCCUGGUCUCCAAGCAGAUGGCGGAUGGCGGGUGGGGAGAGGACUUCGAGUCCUGCGAGCAGCGCACGUACGUGCAGAGCGCCGAGUCGCAGAUCCACAACACCUGCUGGGCCCUGCUGGGGCUCAUGGCUGUCAGGUACCCUGACAUCGAUGUGCUGGAAAGGGGCAUCAAAGUGUUGAUGGAUAAGCAGCUGCCCAAUGGGGACUGGCCUCAGGAGAACAUUGCCGGGGUGUUCAACAAGUCGUGUGCCAUCAGUUACACCGCGUACCGCAACGUCUUCCCCAUCUGGGCGCUGGGGCGGUUCUGCCGGCUGCACCCGCACAGCCCCUUGGCGGGCCAGCUGCCGGCCAGGGCCAGGGCCAGCGCCGCCGGGCCGGGGCAGGGCCAGCGGGGAGCCCUGUCUGCCUGAGCCUGGCCUGCCGGGGGAGCCGUGGCCCUGCGUCCGUCGUGAUCCCGGUGCCUGCCUGGGGCCGGGGUGGCGCGAGCUGCACGGGCUGUCAGUGCUGGCCUCAGCGAUGGACUGCUGCCUCUGCCAGGGACGGGUGCUGCAGGGCCUCUGCUUGCUGGCCAACCUCUUCUAAACAUUCCCUUUCUAAGGUGUUUUCCAGGUCUAUUCUCCAUCCCCAGAUGGGGAGUGAAGUGCCUUUUCAGACCAUUCUGAAGAUCUGAUGAAGCUGCCAAGCUGUGUUGUGUUCCACAUCUGCACAGACUCUCACCCUGGGUUGCAAGGCUGCCUUUAUCGUCACAGACUGCCUGUGACCCCAAGGGUGGGGGAUUUGGGGUCUCCCCUGUGCCCACCAUUGGGGGUGGGGGGCGCUGCACAAUCCCUGCUGAGCUGACCUCUGUACUGUGGGUGCCACUCGUGGCCCUUGAAUUGCUUGCUCUGCUCUGGAGCCGUGCUGGGAGGGGAAGGACACCUGUCCCCCUGGAUGUGUGGGAAAGGGAGUGCUUUGCUUAAUGUCGUUGUGGUUCUGUCCCCCAGCUGGUGGCACCUAGCUUCCCCAGGUGAAGUCACCACCAGCCCUUGGAGAAGGGGCAGCUGAAGCAGAAAGCCCUGAGGUGGCUGGCAUCAUGGCACAGCCUGAGCCCCAGGGCUCCAGCCUUCCCCCAGCUCGGGGGUGCCGUGGGGCAUUCGCGGGUCAUUGUCAGAGCUGGAAGUCAGAUGGGAUAAUAAAUUGCUGAGGGUGAUGCAAGAGGA